GGUCGGAAUACGUCAGCCUCAGUUUCUCGCGUCAUGAUUUCAGGUCUCGCGGCGUUUGCGCCGACAUUUCGUGCUGUGCUCCCUGCAGAGAGAAGAUCGAAGAAAAGACCUCCUUUUUAUGAGUUAAACUUCGGUGUAUUUAUUGACAGUUUUCUUGGUUUCAGUGUCCUGCAGAAAUCCUCUGUUACUCAGUGAAACUAGACACACUGCUUAGUUGCAUUGGUUGUAGGGCUGUUGUUUAGCAGUCAGUAUGGCGGUAGUCAUCAGGCUGCAGGGCCUGCCCAUAGUGGCUGGCACCAUGGACAUCAGACACUUCUUCUCUGGCCUCACGAUUCCUGAUGGGGGAGUGCACAUCGUGGGGGGUGAGCAUGGUGAAGCCUUCAUCGUGUUUGCCACAGAUGAGGAUGCACGACUAGGGAUGAUGCGAACAGGCGGGUCAAUCAAAGGUUCCAAGGUGUCACUGUUACUUAGUAGCAAGACAGAAAUGCAGAACAUGAUUGAACUUAGCCGCCGUAGAUUUGAAGCUGGGGCAGGAGCUGUGGAGAUGGCUGCACCAACAGCAGGAAAUGCUAACCGACAAGCAAGCGCAGCUUCUAUUCCCACAGUACAGUCGGGAGCAGGUGGAAGAUCUGGUAGCCAUGGUAACCAGGGUUUCAGUAAUACCCAGGCUUCUGUGACAGCAGCAAGCUCAUCUCAAGAGCAACCGAGCAACAAGGCAGUAGUCAGCCUAGCCAGCGUGGUACCAAGCUUCCCCAACAGCUACAGCUCUGCCCCUACAAUCACCACAGCUCUGGCAUCCCUCAGUGCAGGUCCCCCACCCAUCCCUCCACUUCCCAACAUGCCUUCCAUGCCCCCUAUGCCCACGCUCCCCACAAUUCCAAUUCCUCCUCCAGGUUCUUCCCUACCCCCCGUACCUACUGUCUCCCCAUUAUCCCAAGGACCUCCAGUGCCACCCAUGUCCCACCUCCCUCACAUGUCUUCUCUACCUCCCUUUAACCCCUCCCUCCCUCCCCCUGGAGGACUGGGCUCUGGACUUCCUCUUGGAACCCCCAACCCCAUGUUGUUCAACCCUCUUUCCCCACUGGCCUCGCUUGGCCUUCAAGCCCAUAUGAAGGCUGCUGCUGCUGUAGCUACUGGGGCAGGAGCAACCAAUCCCGACGAACUGUUUAUUUUCUUGCAAAACCUCCCAUUUUCUUGUUCAGAGAUGGAAAUUAGGGAAUUGUUUCGGGGUCUAGGGGUGGAUGGGGUUCGUCUACAGAGAGAUGGGCAGGGCCGGCCCAAUGGCAGGGCUAUGGUUAAGUUCUUCUCACCCCAGGACAGUUUUGAAGCUUUGAAACGUGGAGGUGGCAUGAUGGGCCAAAGAUUUAUUGAGCUCACCCCAGGUUCAGAGCAUCAUUGGCUAAGCCUUGGAGAUGGUGGGGCAAGCCAUCCUCCUCACAUGAGCAACAAAACAAACAGCAACGAGUUACAAGAUCAUCAGCACCGUCGUGGUAUUGUUGGGACAGGAGGCAGAGAUCAGCGAGAAAGAUCACGAUCUCCCCACAGGCAGGAGUUUUGUGUCUAUCUAAAAGGUUUGCCAUAUGAGGCUGACAAAAAACAGAUUAAAGAGUUCUUCAAGAAUUUGGCCAUGGUGGAAGACAGCAUCUAUAUAGCCUAUGGGCCGAAUGGACGUGCUACAGGAGAAGGCUUCCUUGAGUUUAAAUCUGAGCAGGACUACAAAACUGCUCUUGGAGCUCACAUGCAGUACAUGGGCUCCCGCUUCAUCCAGGUUCACCCAAUUGGCCGAAAGGGAAUGCUUGAAAAGAUUGAUUCUAUCCGCAAACGUGAAGCAGUACAGGGUGAUGGAAAAACCCAGGAUGGUUUGAAAGCUCCUAGGAAUUGUGCCCACAUUAGCAACAUCCCGUACAACAUCUCCAAGAAGGAUGUUCGCGCCUUCCUGGAAGGUGUUGGCCUUUAUGAGGACACCCUAAAGGUCCUGACUGAUAGCCAUGGUAAUGGUUUAGGGCAAGCUAUCUUUCAGCUGCGAACUGAGGAAGAUGCCCGCAAAGCUGAAAGGCUGCACCGGCAAAAGCUCAAUGGCCGUGAUGCCUUUGUUCAUUUAGUUACCUUUGAACAAAUGAAGGAAAUUGAAAGAAAUCCUCCACCACAAAACAAAAGGGGACAGCGCAACCAAAACCAGCAGAACCAAAACCAGACCCAGCACCAGCAUGCCCAGGCCAACCCCCAACAACCCCAAAUCAAUCCUUUUGCUGGUAUUACUGGUGAGGAGUUUAAUUUUCUCAGAAACACCAUGGGGAACCUCAACAGUGCCCCCUUUGUGACCCCAUUCUCGGCCCCAGGAAAUGGGUUGGCAGGUCCUCCUCCUCUUCCUCCAUUGGCAGCAGGCCUUGGGGAUGUGAAUCUGGGUGUUGGUCCUCCAUUGGUUGCAGGAAUUCCCGGAGCACCAAUAUUGGAGCCACCAGGCUUUCGUCCUGGACCUGCAGGAGGACCUCCAUUUGGCCAGGAUGGGCUGAGAGGCUUGGUGCCUUAUGACAAUGCUAACAGAAAAGGAAGUGGAGGAGGACAGAACCGAGGAGGAGGGGGUAACAACAACCAGGGGCCUCCUGGGGGUGGAGCAACUGGUGGACAGCAGGUUUUCACUCCAGGGACUGAAGGUCUACGUACCCAGCCACCUCCCGGAGGAUCUAACAAUCCCAACAAUCAGCGUGUUGCGGCUGGACCAACAAUUGUAAAGCUUCAGAACAUGCCAUUCACUGUAACGGUUGACGAGAUUAUGGACUUCUUCUACGGCUACCAGGUUCUGCCAGGUUCAGUCUGCUUACAGUUCAGUGAGAAAGGCAUGCCAACUGGUGAAGCCAUGGUGGCGUUCCAGAACCAUGAAGAGGCCACAGCUGCAGUCAUGGAUCUCAAUGAUAGACCGAUUGGAGCACGCAAGGUUAAAAUAAGCCUGGGUUAAAGCUUCACCUUAAACAGAGUAACUGUAUGUGUAUAUAAGAUUUUACAUCUGUGUGGAUCAACAGAUCAGGUGGAACAAAGCCAACUUAAACCACACCUGAUUCUUAGAUAAACUGUCAGAUGCCCCAUUAGGACCUUUCCCUGUCCAGUGACUGUACUUCAUUACCAAAACUCCUUAGAUAUCCGCAGGUAAGCCCCGUCUCUUGCAGUCUGUCCACGAAAGACUGAUCAAGAUUUUGUUCUUUUUGCAGCUGCUCCCAUGACUUUGCUUGUACAAAAUUAUGGUGGUGAUUAUUAUGAUACGACGAUGAUGAUGAUGAUAAUGGAAGAAUUUUGGUGACGGUGCAGCUUUUUGUCAAGUCAUGCCCACAGCUGCCUCACUUAAUGCAUUCACCUGUUUUGUUGCUUUGGUAAUGUGAUGAAUGUAAAAAGGCUGAUGAAAAUUGUUGCUGCAUACGCUUAAACAUGCUCGGCCGCUGGGGUUUGAAAUUUACAUGCUCUGUUUCCAUGGUAAUCUCUUAACAUGCUCUGUUGCUAUAGUAAAGUGAUAAAUAGCUGCACUCUGUUGCCAUGAUAUAAUGUUUAUUCUGUUGCUUUGGUAAAAUCUUAACAUUCAUAGUUGCUGCAUUAAAAUCUUUACAUCUUCUGUUGGUUUGAUAAAAUGUGUUGCUAUUAUAAAGUCAUCACAAUCCAUGUUGCUAUGGUACAAUUAUGAUGAAAUGCUAUUUUACCAUGAUCAAAUGUUUGUGAUCUGUUGCUAUGGUGAAAUAUUGACAUGUCUCUUCCCUGUAGAAAAAAUCUGACUUCAAGCUCUGUUGCUGUGAUUAAGUAUUGACACAGUUCUCUGUUGCCAUAUAGAGGAUGUGGGAUGUGCAGAUUGCUGACUUGUGUUCAAUUUUCUAAUUUGGGGCUACUGAACUCCUUUUGUCUGUCACGUUUUUAUGAUGUUGUGUUUGAGUGAUGCCACCCACAAAACCCCUUUUUUUUCACAGCACAUGACUUGUAGGUGUUUGGUCUGUAGAUUGCUGAGAUGAAGUCUGUAGUGUUUUUUUUUUUUUUUUAGUUUGGUAGUAUCAUGCUGUAAGUUCGAUCAUGAUUUGGAUGUUUCCAUCUUAAAGCUUUUUCGUUUUUUCUUUUUCUCUUUAAUGUUAGUGUGAACAAGCUUGUAUAACCAUAGAUGAUGGAAACUCCUUUGCUUUGGUAAAUAAAAGGACAUUCCUCACCUGUGA